AUGUCUGCUCAAGAUGAAGGAGGCCGGGAUCCACCCAAACCCAAGGGCAAGACCCUGGGCAGCUUCUUUGGGUCCCUGCCUGGCUUCAGUUCUGCCCGGAACUCGGUGGCCCACGCCCACAGCUCAGCGAGAGAGGCCCGGCCGGUCGCCCAUCCCGCAGCUGCUCCAGCCGCCGAGACUGCUCAGCCCCAGGCUCAGGUGGCCACCGACCCGGAGCAGACGACCAGGGGCGUUGAGAAGACGCUGCCGCUUUCAGACAGGGUCAUCUCCGGGACAAACGACCUAGUGUGGUCCAAGAUGAGCAGGACCAAGGACGCCUUCUCGUCUGCGAUGGCCAACGUCGUGGACACAGCUAAAGGUGUGGUCCAAGGAGGCCUGGGCAUGACCCAGUCCACGCUCACAGGCACCAAGGAUGCAGUGUCCACUGGGCUCACUGGGGCAGUGAACAUGGCCAAGGGCACCGUCCAGACUGGCAUGGACACCACCAAGACUGUCCUGACAGGCACCAAAGAUGCAGUGUCCACUGGGCUCACUGGGGCAGUGAACAUGGCCAAGGGCACCAUCCAGACUGGCAUGGACACCACCAAGAAUGUCCUGACAGGCACCAAAGAUGCAGUGUCCACUGGCCUCACUGGGUCAGUGAACAUGGCCAAGGGCACCAUCCAGACUGGAAUGGACACCACCAAGAGUGUCCUGACAGGCACCAAAGAUGCAGUGUCCAGUGGGCUCACUGGGGCAGUGAACAUGGCCAAGGGCACUGUCCAGACUGGCAUGGACACCACCAAAACUGUCCUGACAGGCACCAAAGAUGCAGUGUCCACUGGGCUCACUGGAUCAGUGAACAUGGCCAAGGGCACUGUCCAGACUGGCAUGGACACCACCAAAACUGUCCUGACAGGCACCAAAGAUGCAGUGUCCAUUGGGCUCACUGGAUCAGUGAACAUGGCCAAGGGUACCGUCCAGACUGGCAUGGACACCACCAAAACUGUCCUGACAGGCACCAAAGAUGCAGUGUCCACUGGGCUUACUGGGGCAGUGAACAUGGCCAAGGGCACUGUCCAGACUGGCAUGGACACCACCAAGACUGUUCUGACAGGCACCAAAGAUGCAGUGUCCACUGGGCUCACUGGAGCAAUGGGUGUGGCCAAGGGGGCCGUCCAGACGGGCAUGGACACCACCAAGACUGUCCUGACAGGCACCAAAGAUGCAGUGUCCACUAGCCUCACUGGAGCAAUGGGUGUGGCCAAGGGGGCCGUCCAGACGGGCAUGGACACAACCAAGACCGUCCUGACAGGCACCAAAGAUGCAGUGUCCACUGGCCUCACUGGGGCACUGAACAUGGCCAAGGGCACCGUCCAAACCGGUGUGGACACCACCAAGAUCGUCCUGACUAGCAGCAAAGAUGCAGUGUCCACUGGGUUCACUGGAGCAAUGGGCGUGGCCAAGGGAGCCGUCCAGACUGGCACUGGCAUGGACACCACCAAGACUGUCCUGACAGGCACCAAAGAUGCAGUGUCCACUGGGCUUACUGGGGCAGUGAACAUGGCCAAGGGCACCGUCCAGACUGGCAUGGACACCACCAAGACCGUUCUGACAGGUACCAAAGAUGCAGUGUCCACUGGGCUCACUGGAGCAAUGAGUGUGGCCAAAGGGGCCGUCCAGAUGGGCAUGGACACCACCAACACUGUCCUGACAGGCACCAAAGAUGCAGUGUCCACUGGCCUCACUGGGGCAGUGAACAUGGCCAAGGGCACCGUCCAGACCGGUGUGGACACCACCAAGAUCGUCCUCACUGGCACCAAAGAUGCAGUGUCCACUGGGUUCACUGGAGCAAUGGGCGUGGCCAAGGGAGCCGUCCAGACCGGCGUGGACACCACCAAGAUUGUGCUGACUAGCAGCAAAGAUGCAGUGUCCACUGGGUUCACUGGAUCAAUGGGCGUGGCAAGGGGAGCCGUCCAGACCGGUGUGGACACCACCAAGAUCGUCCUCACUGGCACCAAAGAUGCAGUGUCCACUGGGUUCACUGGAGCAAUGGGCGUGGCCAGGGGAGCCAUCCAGACUGGCGUGGACACCACCAAGAUUGUGCUGACUAGCAGCAAAGAUGCAGUGUCCACUGGGUUCACUGGAUCAAUGGGCGUGGCCAAGGGAGCCGUCCAGACCGGCGUGGACACCACCAAGAUUGUCCUGACUGGCACCAAAGAUGCAGUGUCCACCGGGUUCACUGGAGCAAUGGGCGUGGCCAGGGGAGCCGUCCAGACUGGCGUGGACACCACCAAGAUUGUCCUGACUGGCAGCAAAGAUGCAAUGUCCACUGGGUUCACUGGAGCAAUGGGCGUGGCCAUGGGAGCCGUCCAGACCGGCAUGGACACCACCAAGACCGUCCUGACUAGCAGCAAAGAUGCAGUGUCCACUGGGUUCAGUGGAGCAAUGGGCGUGACCAGGGGAGCUGUCCAGACUGGCAUGGACACCACCAAGACCGUCCUGACUGGCACCAAAGAUGCAGUGUCCACUGGGUUCACUGGAGCAAUGGGCGUGGCCAAGGGAGCCGUCCAGACCGGCAUGGACACUGCCAAGACUGUCCUAACAGGCACCAAAGAUGCAGUGUCCACUGGGUUCACUGGAGCAAUGGGUGUGACCAAGGGGGCCGUCCAGACAGGCAUGGACACCACCAAGACCGUCCUGACAGGCACCAAAGAUGCAGUGUCCACAGGGCUCACUGGGGCUGUGAAUGUGGCUACAGGGGCUGUGCAAACUGGGCUGAAUACAACCCAAAAUGUUUCAGCUGGCACAAGGAACACCAUUUCCAGUGGCAUGGCUGGUGCCAUGAAUAUGGCUAACACUGCUGCCCAGUGGGGUCUGGACACCUCGAAGGCUGUCCUCACUGGCACCAAAGAUGCCGUGUCCACUGGGCUCACCAGGGUAGGGAACGUGGCCCGAGGAGGUGUGCAGGCUGGUCUCGGAACCAUCCAGAACUGGCUACCUGUUCCCCAGGAUGCUGCCUCAGGUGGACUCGCCACUUCCGGAGCCCCAGAUGAAGGAGAACAAACCAUCCUGAACCCUCAUGAAGCUCAGUCCUGCGGGGUCUCCAGGCCCCCGGGCACUCUGUGUGCACGCCUGGACCUUGCUGGGAAAGCCACCACCAAUACCAAGGGCCUCGUGUCAGCUAAGGUGACUUUCACCCAAGAGGCCGCACUGGGCAAGGAGGAUGAUGACGUAGGGCCUGGGGCCACCACUUGCGGCCAGGAAGGAGCCCGGGGCUUUGCAACACUCCGGGACGUGGUGGAGGGGCUGGGGGAGAUCUUCCAGCCCAUGAGCGCCGAGGAGCAAGCUCAGCUGGCUGCCUCUCAGCCCCGGCUGAGGGAGGCCACGGCCGACCAAAGCAGCUACUUCGUGCGUCUGGGCGACUUGGACCCCAGCUUCCGCCAGCGGGCUUUCGAGCACGCCCUGAGCCACGUGCAGCAAGGCCAGUUCCAGGCCCUGGACAUCCUGGCCCAGCUCGAGGACGCCUUCUGGCUGAUUGAGAAGGCCCAGCAGGCUCCAGACCGGCAGCCGUGGCCGGACCAGGAUCUGAACAGCCAAGCCAGCGCCCGACAGGUGCCAGCCGCCGGGGCUCUGUCCAGGGUCUGCAGCCUUGUCCAGCAGCUCCAUGUGGCCUACAGCAGCCUGGCCUCCGGCCUCCAGGGCCUCCCCGCCGAGCUCCGGUGGCAGCUCAGGCAGGCGCGGCACAGCCUCUGCGAGCUCCACAGCGUGGUCUCCUCUGCCGCCUCCGCGGCGGAGCUGCCGGCCGAGCGCCUGGCCCAGAGCCGCCAGGGCGUACGCCAGGCGUGGCAGGGGCUGGAGCAGCUGCUGGAGAGCGUGCAGCGCAGCCCUCCACUCAGCUGGCUGGUGGGGCCCUUCGCCCUGCACCCCAAUGGGCAGCGGCUGUAG